ACACUUCGCUUGCUGGGCCAAAACAGCGGAGGGCGGCUAGGCGGCGCGAUGCUAAACUUUUACCCUUCUCUCCCGAAGGAUAAGGGGGAGCCAGGAGUCGGUAGCCCAAGCAAGAGAGCGAGGAGAGGGCUGGGCUGAGAGGCUGUGGACGUGUCGAUCUCGCCCGACGGGCGGCAGCGCCUAGUCGCGCUUCGGCGGAGGUUUGGCGCGACUCCCCCACUCACGCGCCCUCCAGGCUUGGGGUUCGGAUCGGAUUGCGCUCGGCUGUGCUCGUUGCUGCCAGCACGUCGAAGCACCCUCCUGAGGGAAUGCCGGUCCCUUCGCUGCCGCCGCCGCCACUUCUCCACCGAUUCCUUCUUCCUUGCUCGCUGGUAGCGGCGGCGGCAGCCACAAGUGUUUGCGCUCCCGGAGCCCAGACCUUGUAGUCCCGCGUCCCGUCCCCGCAGAGGCCGUCCCCACGGCUGAUGCGCUACUGUCCGGACCAGGAGGACGGGAUUCCUGCCGACGCCGACGCCUUUCUCGUCCGGUGGUCCGGCUGCCUGCCUGCCUGCCUGCCUCCCCGAAGGUGGAGGAGUACCUCCAGGCGCCUGCGGCGGGGCUCGGGCAGCGCCCUCCUGAGGAUGAGCGCUGGGAAAGUUCUCCUGAUGUGCCUGGUCCUCGGUCCAGCCUCCCAAACGAGGUGAGCAAGCGCCCUGCCUACGGCUCCAGCAUGCCCCAUACUCUCUCUGGGACCUACGACAAGUCGGCCACGGACACGUCGCCGCCGCCGCCGCGCUCUGGCAUACCCCAGCCCCAACAACUUGUUUGAGAAUGCUACACUUGUUCCCUGCAUGCUGACUGAGGAGAGCGGGAGAUCUCUGGGGACCUUUUAGUCUGAGCGCAGGCACUCAGAGUCGUGUCCCGCGGAGAAAGGUGGAAGGGGAACUGCCUGCUUGGCCUCACCCUUCGCGCCUGUAAAAUGGGGAUGUAUGUGUGGAGGGGGGAUUCCAGGCUCUUUGCAAGCGCUUAGUGGAGCAGCAUCAUGUCCCCUGGCUGGGAGGCUUCUCUGACCUUCUUUAAGACUCAAGUUAGGAUGGUUCAGAACCAAGAGGGGGAGAGAGGCAGCUGCUGGGAUAGAUUUGGAAGGUGGGAUAGGAUAUAUUAUUUAUUAACUAUCUUUCUUUUUAUUCGCUUGAGUGAGAUUCACAUGUAGUUAUCAGAGUUAAAAAUAUACCAUCCUUCACAGCCUUGACAAGGAAACUAGGAACUAAGCUGUGUAGCUUAGUUAUAGUUAUCCAGGAUGCCUUUGGCAGACUGAAUCUUCUCCUUUAUUUAUUCCUCUAAAUAAAAUAACAACACAGGAGUCGGUAAUGUAAGGACAUAAAAAUAUUGUUUUCUUACAUAGUUGCAGACUCGAAUCAAGUAGAAAAUAGCAGUGAAAUAAGUCAGGCAAAGUACAUUUCUAGAUUACAAAAUACAUUAUUUAGAUCAGGACCACACAGACCCCACAUCCUAUCCUACAGCUGCAUGGUGAGAAAGAGGGUGUUCUCUGAGCAGGAAGGAGGUAAUAAGAAUUAUAUUCCUACUGUUACCUUUCCUGCCCCUCCAAGCAGAGGGUGUGACCUCACGGAGUGCCCUCUAGGAAUUUACAGGGGAUGCCUUGUGUCUUCAGCCUUUGUUCAUCCAGCAAACAUGGAAUUUUACAUUUUGACUGGAGCAUCGUUUCUCCACAACCCCCUUCUCAGGCAUAUAUAACAAUUUCAUGCACAUUUUAUUAACCACCCUGAGUCCCAUCUUGACUCGAAGAUUCUGGAAACUGUCUCUCAGUAGAGGUUUGGUGAGAAGAUCAGCAGUUAUUUAUUUUGUCUGGCAAUAAGCCAGUUCUACAAGUACAUCUUGAACUGCCUCACGCGCAAGGUGAUAAAUUCCCCCAAUAUGCUUGGUUCUUGAGUGAAAAUUCUCACUCCAUGACAGCUUCAGACAACUCUGGUUGUCCUCUAUCAGUCAAAAGGUCCUCUCCUGCACUAACCCAAAGUCUUUGGUCAGUUCAUCGAGCCAGGCUAACUCCCUGCACACCUCUGUAGCAGGCAGCUGCAUGUUCAGAUUGUGGAAGAUAAAUGUACACCAUUCUGUUUAUAAUUGCCCGAAGAAAUGGGAGCCUUUGCAAACAUGAGGAAAAAUAAACACCUGUGGAUUUAAACUCUUUAGAGUCCCCAGCCUAGUCAAUGUCCAUUUAACCUAUGAGUUCAGGGUAACUGUCAGCUGGCAACUUAAGUUUACAGUUCAGUGGGUGAUCCUACUUUUUGGCUCAGAAUUCCAGCUGUGUUGCCAAUAUCUGGCCUAGUGGUGGUGGUCAGGUACAAAAGUUUUCCUUUUGCUGACCUGUACUGAUUGUUGUCAGGCAAUAGUCUUGAGUGUUCUUGGCUCUUUAAAAAGCCAGCGUUCAUAGGUGUUGCAACUGGGUGUGCUUCUUGCAUCUCCAGAUUGUCAAGCAGUUCAGUGACAUUCUGCUUUUGACUUAGAAGAAAUUAUUAAUCUUCUUCUCUGUUUGAAAACCUAAAUAGUAGUGAGCUUUUCCUAUUUCUUUAACCUCCACAUCCUUGCUUAGAUGCUGUACCGCUUGUGUGUAGUCCUGGCCAUUUUCAGUUGCAAUAAAAAGAUUAUCAGCAAAUGCCAAAACAUAAUGUCCAUAAUGUCCAAAAUAGUCCAUUUUUGCAUUUAGUGUACAAAUACUUUUCUGUGUAGCCUUGUUUGUACUCUAGUUGUAUGAGCAUGCUAUGUAACUUUUUAUUCCAUGCUCUAGCACAUGGGUUGGCAAACUAAGGUCCGGGGGUUGGGACCUUCUAAAUCCAGCCCGUGGAUGGUCUGGGAAUCAGCGUGUUUUUACAUGAGUAGAAUGUGUCCUUUUAUUUAAAAUACAUCUCUGGCUUAUUUGUGGGUCCUGCCUGGUGUUUUUACAUGAGUAGAAUGUGUGCUUUUAUUUUAAAUGCAUCUCUGGGUUAUUUGUGGGGCAUAGGAAUUUGUUCGGUUUUUUGUCCCCCCCCCCAAGAAAAGGUCUGGCCCCCCCACAAGGUCUGAGGGACAGUAGACCCGCCCGCUGCUGAAAAAGUUUGCUGACCCCUGCCUAGCAGCUUGCUUGAGGCCAUAUAGUCACUUCUGAAGUUUACAUACUAAAUGUGCUUAAUUUGGUUAGAUAAAAACUUUGGGUUACUUCAUGUAAAUCUUGUCGUCUGAGAUUUUGCUGUGCAAGAUUGCUGCUUUAAUGUCUAUGUGUCUCACUUCCAUUUGCUUAUAUGCUGCUAUGCUUAAAAGCAUUCUAAUAGUAGUAUAUCUUACAACAGGAUCAAAUGUUCCAUCAUAGUCUUCUUCAUAUUUCUGAGAGGAGCCACAGGUUACCAACCUCACUUUAUAGCACUGAAUUAUCUGUACCCUGCUUUACCUUGAUCACCCACUUACUUCCAAUCCCCUUCUUCUGAGGAAGCUUGGUAAGAGACCAGAUUUUGUUCUGGUGCAGUGCACCUAUUUUUUCCUGUGCAGGAUUCAUCCAGAGGCAAGCUUCAGUGUCUAGCAUGCCUUCUAUCUCUUCCCUGGUGAAAGGUUCUAGGGGUUGUACCAACCUCACAAUGUAGGACGGUCUUAGUGGCAGAACACCUCUGUUUGAUAUUGCUGAGUGUCUGACCUCUGGUUCUGGAAUUGCCUCAGUUCCCUCAUCACUUUCUUCAAAUUCAGGCAUCUCCCCAUUAGACUGUUCCUCAUCACUUCUGCUGCUACUGCUGGUAGUCUAGUCCUCUGUGACUUCUUUCUGUUCAUCCCCUGUACAAGAGUGCUGUUACAGCAGGCUGCAGAUCUGGACUGUUAUAUUAGUUGUGGGAAGUACAUGACGUCUUGUGUUUCUUCCUGUGGUUGCUCAGAGAAAUUUACAACAGUUCCUCUUUUGUCAGCUUUGCUGUGCUCAUCAAAAUAAACUACAUGUCUUGAGCUGACAUUUCCUGUCUUUAAGCCCAUAAUUCUGUAGCAUUCUCCUCCAGAAGAGUAACUAAGUAGAAUUCGUUUUUUCUGUUCUGGAGUCCAGCUUGUGCCUAUUCUCUUUGAAUAUGUAGCUAUGGACAAUGCUGCCAAAAACAUGUAUGUGUAACAAGUUGGGUGUGAAAGUUAAAAAGGUGUGUAUAUAGUUCCCUUAGUUGGUAGUCUGUUUUGGAGAUAUUCCACAGUGGCUACUGUGUCUCUCCACAUACGUUUGGGAAGAUUUGCAUACAUCUUGCCACUUCCACACUAGAUCUUUCUCUCUGCAGCUGCACUCUGUUGUGGGGUGUAGGGAACACUCCUCUUCCAGAAGGCUUGUCAUGCCAUUUGAACAAUACUCUUUGCCAUUAUCUGUGACUAGGGUUGAGGGUUUUCUGAAACAAUACACUGAAACCUUUUCUGCCCAAAGUGGACACAUUCAUUGUGUUGCAGUUCAGCUCUGGAACAUACAGAACUCACUGCAAGGGGUUCUUUUUCACUUCAGUUGCCACUUAGUGUACCUGAACCUACAGAAUCAUAGAAUUGUAGAGUUGGAACAGAUCCAGAGCAUUAUCUAGCCCAACCCCCUGCAAUGCAGGAAUCUCAGCUAAAGCAUCCAGGACAAAUAGCCAUCCAAUCUCUGUGUAGAAACCUUCAAGGAAGAAAAGUGCGCCACCUUCCAAGUGAGUUUGUUGCACUAUCUUAACACCUCUUACUGUUAGAAAUCUCUUCCUGGUGUUUAGUGAGAAUCUCCUUUCUUGUAACUUGGUCAUUGGUUUGGGUUGUACCCUCCAGAGCAGAGGAAAACAAGCUUGCUCUAUCUUCCAUGUGUUAGCCCUUUGGAUUUUUGAAGAUGGCGAUCAUAUCUCAUACUAAUCUCUUAUUUUCUAAGCUAAACUCUUGUUAACUGUUUAAAAUAUACAGUGGUACCUCGGGUUACAUAUGCUUCAGGUUACAGACGCUUCAGGCUACAGGUUCCGCUAACACAGAAAUAGUACCUCAGGUUAAGAACUUUGCUUCAGGAUGAGAACAGGAAUCAUGCUCCGGCGGCAUGGCAGCAGCAGGAGGCCCCAUUAGCGAAAGUGGUGCUUCAGGUUAAGAACAGUUUCAGGUUAAGAAUGGACCUCCAGAACAAAUUAAGUACUUAACCCGAGGUACCACUGUAUUGGAAUGGAAAAUAAAUAUAUAAUCUGCCUGCAUUAUACUAUGAAACAUGACUGGAAAUUUCCAUUGAAGCUGAAGAGAGCCUAACUGGUUAAUCAUUAAGUGGGGCUGUAUCUUUGUGGCCCAGUCACAAGAUGUUAAAAUCUCAUGAAAAAGGAUUGUGUUACAGGUCUAUGCAUAUGCUAAUCUGUAGACAUGCAUCUUAGGUGGGGGUGCUCUUUUGUUUUUCAAGCUACUGAAGAGAAAGGAUGUGUUGAUUCUGUUUCCAGUAAACAGCCUCGGGAUAAUGGAGGCUGGAAUGGAGAAGAGUCAGAGCUUUGAUUUUUAACUCAGCAUGCAAGAUAUUUUUGGUCUAAGACAUUAUGCCUUAUGAUGGGAACAGUGUAAGAAAUCAAGCAUCUAACUGAAUGUAACUUUUAGUGUUAUGUUUGGAGUUAAAGUUCUGGAAGUAAAGAUUCUGAACCAUAUUUUUGCACUGGAGAAUUUUUAUUUCAAAGAAGAAUCAGUUUUUAUUCACCCAACUGCUUCCAAAUGUGCAGUAUUAAUAACCUCAAUAACUCCCUCAACUGUUUCUUAUAAGGCUUGGUUUUCAAACCCUUGAUCAUCUUAGUUGCCCUCCUCUGUACAUGUUCCAGCUUGUCAAUAUCUUUCUUAAAUGUGGCACCAAGAACUGGAUUCAGUAUUCUAGGUGUAGUCUGACCUAGGCAGAAUAGAGCAGUACUUACUUAUUUCCCUUGAUCUGGACACUAUACUUCUAUUGAUGCAGCCUAGAAGAGCAUUUUUGCUGCUGUAUCACAUUGUUGACUCAUGUUUAGCUUGUGGUCUACUAAAACCCUUAGGUCUUGCUUGUAUAUGCAGAUGCAGCCUCUAGAUUAUCAAGCAUCUGAGCAGCAGUUUCGUCUUUCGCUGUGUGAAUCAUUUCAGAAGCUGAAAUAUUGUCAAAGAGGAGUGAUGCUGCUAUAUCACUCUCUUAAUCCCAUUUCCCCUUUGCUGUUACGGCUUCUUGGCUCCCUCCUCUGAUCCAUUCUAGCUCAAUGCAUGGCAAAAUGCAUUUCAUUUUAAAUCUGGUUUCUGUUUAGGGAAGUUUUAAUGUUUGAUGUUUUAUCAUGUUUUUAAUAUUCUGUUGGGAGCCGCCUAGAGUGUCUGGGGAAAUUAUUAUUAUUAUUAUUAUUAUUAUUAUUAUUAUUAUUAUUAUUAUUCUCCAGCAGAUAUAGUUGUCCUCUGUAAGUUUGGACAGCUUAAAGUUUGCCUCAACAAUAAAAUUCUCACUAGCAAUCUCAAAUAUUAAAAAAUUGGGGGAGAUCACAAAAUUGAAAAAUUGAGAAAAAUGUGCCAAAUUCAAAAAUAAAACUUAAAAUUCAAAAUGAAAAACUUCACUGACAAAGAGAUAGUCUGCUCAUAAGCCAGAGGGGUCUUUGGUCCCAUUGCAGUGCAGAGCCUCUCACCUGUCACCCCAAGCGGUCACAGUGUCCUUUUGAGGGCAGUUGUGCAAAGGCUAGAGGCAGCAGACAACAACACGAGAGGCAAGGAGGCAAGCUGAGCCCGGUCCAGGGCACCCUGAGGCCAUGAUGCUUUUCCAAGGGGGGGGGAGGGAAAGAUGGGGGGGUUUGCUGUGAUGAUGACCUCAAGAGAAAAGUCCUAGGGCUGGAUCCAUAAACACAGACUAAGAAGCCUGGGCCCGCAGUUUGAAAGGUUGGUCCCAGAUGCAGUUAUCCAGUGAUGGGGGACAGACAGGUAAAGAACAACUCUCCUCUGGAUGAUGUUCUAACAGGUUCUGGGACAGAGCCCACUGAUGAGGCCCAGCUCAAUCUCCAUCCCGGAUAUCUGUGGCUAUUCCUUUGGCUGUUGUCUCUAAAUCCUGAAUAGACCCAUUAGUGCUCCCUUUCAGUAGGUUUGUGCAGCCGCAACCCCCAGGUCAAGGGGAGGCAUUUGCCAAGGGCCAGAUCCUAACCCUCACCACCCCUGCACAGAGCCCACUGCCAGCCCCUGUAGCCCUCAGCUGCCGUGCUCCUCCUCCUAUUCCUUCUUCACCUUAAAACAACAACAACACCUGAACUAGUUUUGAUUUUGAAACUAAACCAAAAGCUGAGCUUUCAACUUGGACUGAGAGGUAUCCUAAGCCUUUAGUUUACAUCAGAUGAUUAAUUAAUUUCUUUUACAGAUCACUUCCUUUGAAACACCUUGAAGCAAUUUAGCAAAUAAAACACAUAUAAAACAAUUUCAUAUAUAUAAAAAAGGAUUUCAAAUCCAAUACAGAUACGGUCUGAGAUAAUUAAUUCGUUAAAUAUGUCAGGUGAUUUAUUGACUAGUUUGAAGAAAUCCUCCCCCAAAUUUCAGUGCAUACACUAUUUAGAAGAUAGCAUGACCAUGACAGAUAUUCUCCCGGGAGGAGAGGAAGACCCAGUCCUUGCUUAGAAAAUCAUUUGAAACUGGAGCUGAGGCGUAUAUUGUUGUGUUGGCAACAAUGCUGUCAGCAGAUCAACCAUCGUCUCACAGGACUUCUUUGAAAAUGUGAUGGGAAAUCCACAGCAGGCUUUAAGUGAGGAACCAGUUUAUCCAUGCAAAUUACUACAUGCUGUUAGAGGGCACUUUGAGAGAAGAGUGAAGAUGGUAAACUGAGACCUUGAUCACUUCCUUGCUGCCAAGCCUCCUUGUCACAAAUAAUGCCCUUCUCCUACAUCCCUCUUUUGCCAGAAUGCAGGCAGGGGGCCAGUGAUUGAUCCCUCUCAUGAACAGAUGGAGCUGCCUUCAGUCCAUCCUAGGCUUGCCACACAUAAGGAAAAUUCCUGACAUGUCUUGGUUUUGGGGUGUAAAAAUGGGCCCGGGGGAGGGGGGAUUUGCCGAAGCAGCAAAAUGUCAGGGAAAACCCAGAUGUAUGGCAACAUGGAAAAAGCAGUGGAAACAGUUCCAAAACCUUAAAAAUUACUGUUGGGGGAAAGAACUAAACAAUUUGGGUUUGUUCGCAAAAAAUGCUCAACAAUUUUGGGGUUUGUCAAUUUUGCAGAUGUCAGGAAUUUUACUUUUUGAUAUAUGGCAACUCUUGUCCAUUCAGCCAAACAGGCUGCAGGCUGUGAGAUCCAUGGGACUGUGACCUUCUUCAUGCAAAGUAUGUCAAUCAACUAUGGUCCUCUCGCUUUGCAAACAUCCCAAGGAGCAACCAAACUAUGGCAGGCUAGAUAUGACUUCAGAAUAAGCUGUCACAUGGGGAUGGUGGCUUGGGGAAACCCCAUGUAAAAUCAGGCCAAUUAAAGAGGAUUCUAUCCAUCUUUUAUAUUCCUCCUUUUCCUUGCCCUGAAAAAGCAAUUUUGUGAGUGGUGCCCAAAACGAUAGCCUCUCAGAAUUCCAUAUGUGCCAGCAGGCCCCAAAGUUGGGGGGGGAGGGGCUUGCACCGGAAUAUAAGCAUAACCUUUCUGAGUCAGCCAAGGUCCAUGUAGCCCAGUAUUCUACCACAAUUUGUGUUCAGCAGCAGGCUGUUCUGCUCCAUGGGGGGAUUGGUGGCUGCCCUGAUGAUUGAAGUUAGGCUGUUCACCUCUGAGUUUUAAAAUCAUCUGUAUGACAGGCCAUCCCAAUAUCUCAGCAAUGGACCAUGUCUGUGAAUUAUGAAGAUGUUCUCCUUCCAUCUGCUCUCUGCUGACAGCCAUUUCAAGGGUAGAGGCCAAGAUUUGUUGCUCUAGUAGCAAGGAAGAGUCUUGUAACACCUUAAAACUAACAAAUCUUAUCCCAAAAACUGGAGUCUAAACCUUCUGUCACAAUGGCUCUACUCUGCCUCCACAGUCAAAGGAUGUUUCAGAUUACCAGUUGCUAGAAGCUACAGGAGGGGAAAGUCACUGUUGUGCCUGGGUCCUGCUGGUGGGUUUCCCAUUACGGGCAUCUUAUUGGGCAUUCUUACUGGCAACAAGUUUCAUCAGAGGUCCUCAAGUGAUUACUGCUUUGAGAGAAUCUUCUCCACUCCCCACAGUUUUAUCAAUCAAUUAUCAGGUCACCUUGUUCUCUGCCUCCAUUUCUGCAAGCUAAUCCUCCCUUUCCAACCCCAACUCCACUGUAUGCCUUCCCUCAUACAGGGGCGGAGGAAGGGGAGCAGUGGGGUUGGCCCACCUUGGGUGUUAUCACUGAGGGGUGGUGACAUUCGGCGUGCCACCUGCCUGUAACUCCCAAGCCUACCCCGAGCCCUUCAUCUUGACACCCCCUGCAAAUGAGAGGUGACCCUGUUCUCUGUACCUACCAGGGGGGAAGAGACUGGUGGCAACCACUAAUUAUGGGUGACUGAACAAAAGUAAGCCUGUGGGAUGUUGGAUGGAUUUGGAUGGAUUUGGAGUGUAGGAUAGGAUAUUCUUAUUUAUCCCUCCUCUUACUUGUAUGAGCUUAAUGUCUAGUAAGCAGAGUUUAAAAUUGACAUUUCUUUGCAUUAUAAAAUGUGGAAACUCCUGAGACAAAGGGUUGCUUUACCUUAAUAUUAAUAUCCAGGAUGCUUCAGCAGAUUGUAUGUUCCCCUUUUUAUCCCUCUAAACAAAAUAAACACAGAGAAGUCUGUAAUGCAAGAAUUUUUUUUGUUUACUUACAUAAAGCUUCAGAUUUGAUUGAGCAGUAAGCAGCAGUAAAAAACAAGACAGGCAGAAUCUACUUGUACAUUACAAAAUAUAUGGUUGAGAUCAAAAUGGAGUCUGUGCUCAGGAGAGAACAGACAAGCAUCCUCUCUCUUUUGUUACAUGGGGAAGAAGACUGAGCUCUGAGCAGGACAUAAGUAGUAAGGAUUCUUCUUCUUUUGGUUACCUUUCCCUGUGAAGAUAAGCAGAGGAUGUGACCUCACAGAGUGCUCUCUCUACGAAUAUACAGGGGAGCCCCAUGUGCCUUUGCUUAUCUAGCAACACAUGAAAUUUUAUUUUGGCUGAACUAUUGUUUCCCACAUGGACUGCCAAUCAGAGUUGAUGAGCUUACACACCUCCUCAGAAGUGUCUGGACCAGAAAAACAGCACAAUUCAGAUCUGGAAACUAAUCUCUGAAUCUGCCAAUCUGGUGUGUUUUUGUUGCCCCCUUCUGAGCUGACUACAGUAGCUGAGGUCUGGGUGCUCUUUCUUUAACCAAGUGUGCUUGGCCUCUGCUGACAUGGCUUGAUUUUGGGAUAAUGUCAAGCAUGACCCAAGGAGGGGAUGUCAAAACCCAUCUUUCUCUUCUGAAUCUGUUAAUUAAUAUGGCUGACACAUCCCUGGCCAGGGAGCAAAGCUGUCCCUUAGCUUGCCUGCCCACCACAGCCCAUCAUGCACACCCACCAUAAAAUGUGUGUGCGUGUGUGUGCGCGUGCGUGUGUGCGCGCGCACACACACGCACACAGGAUGAUAGUGCUCCAGUAGGUCUCUCCCACCUGAGCUGCCUUUUCAUGAAUUGCCUGGUCAAGAGAGGUGCUUGUUUUGACAAGCAGGUUUUACAGUAUGUCAGGCAUGAAUACCUUUUCCUCUUGAUUCUGUCUGAGCAAGACAAGAGCUGGGCUGUACCUUUCACAAGUUGCCAGAUUGAAUUGCUGUGUCUUGACACAACAUCUCCUCCAGCCUGCUCAGCUCUUGAUUGCAAAAUGUUUGCUGCGUGUGACAUUUCCAUUAACAGGCACAAGGCAUGUCCCCUGCACCUCCCUAAUUGCUUGGUGCCUGCAGGAGCCUUGCCAUCACUUAUUACACCUGGGAGAUGGAAGAGCUUCCCCUGCUUAUUACUGGGAAGUGGAAGCUGGGAGGGGAGAUUGUAAACUUCUCACUAAAAUUGAAUCAAUAAGCAGGCAGAGGAAGGGGCAUCUCGAGGCACACGUCUUUAAAUCCAGUGCCUUAUUGUAUUACGGGGUGUGUGUGUGUGCGUGCACGUGUGCUGGGGCACAUCACAGCAGCCAACUUACCCAAUGGCACAUAUUGAAAUGAUCUCUCAGUUUUCCUGCCUGGGAUUCAAAAGAGCAUAAGAACAUAAGAUGAGCCCUGAUGUAUCAGGCCAAAGGGGGCCCAUCUAGUCCAGCAUCCUGUUCUUGCAGUGGCCAAGCAGAUGCUCAAAAUAGAAGCCCACAAUCAGGACCUGAGCAAAAGAGCAUUUUCCCUUCCUCUGGUUUCCAGCAGCUGCUGUUGCAAAGCAUUACUGCCUGCAUAGGAAGAAGUAGCCAUGGAUAGCUUUCUCUAUGAAUUUGUCUAAUCCUCUAUUAAGAACAUCCAAGUUGGUGGCCAUGACUGCUUCUUGUGGAAGGGAGUUCCAUAGUUUAACUUUGUGCUGUAUAAAGGACUUCAUGUUAUCUGUCCUGAAUCUUCCAACAUUCAGCUUCAUUUGACGCCCACAAAUUCUAGUGUUUCGGGGGGGGGGUAGUUUUCUCUGUCCACUUUCUCCAUGCAAUGCAUGAUUUUAUAAACUUCUAUCACGUUGCCUCUUACUUGCCUUUUCUCUAAAUUAAAAAGCUCCAAAUGCUGCAACCUUUCCACAUAGGGGAGUUGCUCCAUCUAACUGAUCAUUAUUGUUGCCCUUUUCUGAAACUUUUCCAGCUCUUCAAUCUCCUUUUUGAGAUGAGAUAGCCAGAACUGUACAGAUUUAGUGUAGCAGAGCACCUGCCACUCAAGCCUCCAGUUCUUUACAGCCCUGGUUCUUUGCAGCCUUCACUUUUGUCAGGAGUUAUCUCUGCAUGAGCAUGUCAUGUGUGGGGGAAAUUGCAAUAGAACAUAACUAUGCAUGAGUGCUAGUUAGUGUGAAAAGGGGUUAAAACCACAGAGUUGGAUUCCUAGACUCAACUAGUUCACACACACACACACACACACACACACACACACACACAUUCUCUAAUGAGUAAGGAAGUGGAGCAUUCUCUUCCUCUUAUCACCCUUUUCACCAUGUAUCCUAUCAGGAGGUACGUGUCUAAUCUUCACUCCAAGUGUAGACCAUGUGUUUGAAACUAUCUUUUCGUAUUCCACCCCCCCCCCCCAAGUAUUCUGCCUGUGUUCUUCUUGCUGCUGUUUGGAUAAACGGAUUAAUCUGAUCUUUUGAACAAGCUACUCUCUUUAUACCUCUCUUGCAAUGAAGAGACCACACACCUUUAAGCAAAGCAUUUUAAAUGUACUUAACAGUGUGUGGUCUGUUCAUUGCAGGAGAGAUAGAAAGAGGGGAGCUCUUUAUACUACCAAACAGGAUAAGGGGUCUAAGAACCUAUUUUCCCAUGUUAUACUGCUGCUAAACUUUUGUGAGUUUGAACUCUGCUACUGGGUGCUCUCUCCUACUAGAAAGUGAGUUUAGCCCCAACAAUUAAUAGCUGCAGAAAAAAGAAAGAAUCUUUAUUAAGAAGCCCGAAAUUGGGUGGGAAGGAGGUCAAUAGGUGCAUAGAGGAAAGGUUUAAAGAUAUAAAGAUAUAAAGAUUCAAGGAAGAAGACAAAGAAUUGUAAUGGGUGUUAUUUUUGUGCUAUGUAUGGAUAUUUCUUUUGAAUUUGUUGAUUUGUUUUUUUUCUUUUGGUUUUUUUUGAAGAGAAACUCAAUAAAAAGAAAAUUAAAAAGAAAGAAAAAAAGAAAGUGAGUUUAGCCCCACAUGUUGAAUCCAGGCACCCAGCUGAUUCUUUUGUUAUUUACCCCACACACAUGGGUCACAGGGAUUCGUAUAUUUAUUUCCCCACAAUUUGGACUCUGCUUCAGUGACUUGAACAGCAUUUAUUCAAAUGAGCACCCCCUGGAUCCCAUGCCCUAUGAUUCCUUACCCUGAGAGUAAGCCUAAGCAGGGGGAACUGUCGCAGUUGCAUACUGCUUCUUGCUUUACCCCCUGCUGGUCAUUUUCACCCAAACUGCUCCUGCUUUUCCCUGUGCUGAAUUUUGAUUGUAUUCUCCUUGGGACAUGGAGUUCUCCUCUUGUGCUAUGUAAAGUACCAGGAACACAGAUAGUCCUAUAUUGAUUUGUACUGCUAUAGCACAUCAACUUGUAUUGAGGUUCACGUAUGCCUGUUGUGUUAUAUACCGUAUUUUUCGCUCCAUAAGACGCACCUUUUCCUCUUAAAAUCUAAGGGGAAAUGUCUGUGCGUCUUAUGGAGCGAAUGUGUGGUCCACGGGGCUGGGGGGGGCACCCUGGGCUUCCCCCGCCAGCCCCGACCUGCUCUUUGAGGCUGGCGGUGGGGGGAAGCGUGCUUCCCCCCACCGCCAGCCCCAAAGAGCAGGUCGAAAGGAACAGGAAGAGCAGGUUGAAAGUUCCCGCUGCGCUCCAGAGGCUUCGGGUUGCCUUCACUGAAGGUGACUGAACGCACCAUGAACACACUGAACGCACCUUGUUUUAGAGGGGGAGAACAAGAAAAAAAAUUCUCCCCCUCUCUGCACAGCGCCCCUUCAGCGAAGCAGCAGGAGAAAUGGAAGGGGCUCUGUUUCUCCUGCCGCUUCGCUGAAGGGGGGCUGCGCAGAGAGGGGGAGAAUUUUUUUUCUUGUUCUCCCCCUCUAAAACAAGGUGCAUCCUAUGGUCGGGUGCGUCCUAUAGAGCAAAAAAUACGGUACCUCCUCUCCAAAAUGUUGCGAUGGUGUUGGUGGGCAGAAAUGUCCCCUGCUACCCCCACCUGCCCCUGAGUAGCUCCUUUGACUGCCAGCAACUCUCCAGGGUCUGAGAUUGAGAUAUGCUUUUCCCAUUGCCCGCUCCUCCAUGGACUUCCUGUUUCUCUUGCAGGGCAGAGAGCACAGAGGAAUAUGACUACGAUUACCUCAGCAACACCAACAAAACCUGGGUCCUGACCCCCAAAGCCCAGGAGACGGAUGCCACACAGAUCCUCAAUUCCCUCCUCCAGAACUAUGACAACAAGCUGCGCCCCGAUAUCAGCAGUAAGUUUUCCUCCUCCCAAGGGAGACCUCAGCUGGAAGGCACCCUUGACUGAGGGGUGCAGGUUGCAAAGAAAGGGGAAAUACGUGGAACAUGAUUGAUUGCUGGCACUGAUGUUUUGUAUGCUGAGCACCAGGUUCCCAAGUCCAGCAGCACUGGGGUGUAGAGGCAGAGGGCAAAAGUAGUAGAGGGUGGGCAAUGAGAGCAAAAGGGGUGCAGUCCCAGUCUCAGUCUACCACUUGCUUACUUACAGUCAGUCUGGGUGGGCAGGUGGGUGUACACUGGGUGCAGCUAAUCUGGCCAUUUUUACUUUUGAGGAAAAGCAGCCAUAGAGGGGUCCCAGGCCAGUUUUCUACUGGAAAAUUUUCCCUACCCAACUGCUAGAUAGGGGACAAUUUUCAGCAGAAAAACUAGCACAUGCUCCUGAUCCAGAUCGAAAACACUUUCUGGAUCAGGGCUCCGCACCUGCUGCUUCUGCUUCUUUUUUUACUGUGGCUACUUAAAAAAAAAUGUUAGUCACAAGUUGCAUUAGUUUGCUCCUUAGGCUGCCCUUCCAAGAGAGCCCAGAAACUUUAGCUGACAGAGAGUUUUCUGGGAGCAGCAGAGCAGAUUGUAUUAUGCAUUGGAGUCUAAAAUGUUUCUGGGUUCAAUUUGAGGCAGUGACUUCGGCUGCUUCAGCUGCAAGGAACUGCCCACUUCCAAAGGAACCUUUUCAAGAACUUCUCUUAAGGGUGCUCUCCUCUGGGCCAGGGGCAGCCUGAGGUGUUUUGGCACCAGCAGCAAACUGUCCCACUGUUGGCCUCAUGAUGGGCAGCUGUUAGGCUCUGCAAGGGCUUCCCCUCAAGGAGCAGUCCUUGCAAAGCCAUGCCACCCCCACCAGCGAGGUGGGGAGAUUCAAGAAGAGCCUUUCCUUAAAGAGAAGUCUUUGCUUAAUCUCCCCCUUUCCUGCUCAGCAAUGAGGUUUUGUAAGAGCUUCUUAAGGAGGAUCCCUUGCAAAGCCUCACCCAGGAGUGGCAUGCCCUCAGGGUGGGUGGGUGCAUGGGCAUGCGGAGGGUGCUCCAAGGGGCAGGGCCAUGGGCAGGGCGUGCUACCGGAGUGAGCCUUGCCCACUGCUGCAAAGCAGGGUGCACUCAUGGUGCCCCCACAGGCCCAGUCUCACUUUGCAAGACUCACAAAAACAUGCUGUGAGCAGGUGUGCACCCUGGGCCCUGGGAGCACAGCACUGCUUUUACGAGUGUUGUUUGGCUCACAGGGAGGACACCAUGACUCGUUAUGUCCUUCUCAUAGUGUCCUUAGGCUUCAGGGUGCUGAGUACACAGCAGAUCAUGAUGGGGCAGGGCACGUGGUCCCCCCAACUGUGCCCAGGGUGACAGCCCCCUCAGACCCUCCCAAGCUACACCACUAUUGCACUGCCUGCCCUAUCGCCUCCACUAUGAGAUCUUGGAGGAAAUUGUCACCAGUGCUACUUCUCCAGUGGCAGCAGAAGCAGGUGGCACAGGCAGGGUAGGUGGGGUGCCCAUGAAAGUACCGCAUUGGGAUCUUUUGCCAUCUGAGGUGGCUGCUUCUCCAUGCCUCAUCAUUGGGGCAACCUUGUUCUGGGCACAGGCAUAGCAGGUGUGGACUUUCUGACUGUGGGUGGCACCAAAAUUAUGGAUCAGCCUCCCAAUGAGAGACGCCGCAGGCCCCUUCAUGGCUAACUUUUAAGUAGACACAGAAAACUGAUUUGUGUUCAUGGGCAUUUAUUUUUUAAAAGUUUUAAUUAUUGUAUUUCUCUUACUGCUGUUAAGUUUGCUGUCUGCACAUUUUCAUUGAAUUUCAUUGGAUUGCAUUGUUGUAUUGUUUUCAGAGCCACUUUUGGGUGCGCUUUUGGGAACACAUAAAUCACUGAGCUCACCUAUCCUCGUGGCUGCCCUUGGCAUAUAACCCUCUCCCAUGGCUGACCUGUCUUCUCUUUUGUGGUCUCUUUUACAGUCAAGCCCACUUUCAUUGAUGUGGACAUCUAUGUAAACAGCAUUGGGCCUGUCUCUGUGAUCCACAUGGUGAGUGCUGAACCCUUUGGGAGAACAGUGGAAACUGGAAGAAAUGUGGAGUGGCGGAUAUGUGUAUAAGUGGGUUGGGGAGGGGAAAGGAGAGAAGGAAAGAAAGAAAGUGACUUGUGGGCAUCCAGUGAAGCUCAAUGUUAGAAGAUUCAGGAUAGAUUUAAAAAAUUAAAUCCUACAUACAGUGCAUUGUUCAACUAUGGAACUUGCUUCCACAGGAUGCAAUGAUAACAACCAACUUGGAUGGCUUUAACAGAGGAUCCUCCAAAUUACUGGAAGAGGUGAAGAAUAUCAGUGGCUACUAUCCAAAAUGGCUAUGUUCUGCCUCCAUGGUUGGAGGCUGUGAUGCUUCCGAAUCCUAGUUUCUGGAAACCACAGAAGGGAAGGGUGGUCUUGUGCUUGAAUCCUCCUUGAGGGUUUCCCACUGCGGCAUCUAGUGGGCCACUGUGAUAACAGGAUGCUCGGCUAGGUGGGACACUGGCCUGAUCCAGCAGGACUAUUCUUAUGUUGUUAUCUUCUUAUCUCAUCUGUAUACUCACCAGAGAAUAUACACACGGAGACGACCCCCCACCCAUCCACCACCAAUAUGUUAGGGAUUUAGUGCUGCCAGAAUUACUAGCUGCAAAGUCCCCCUGAAGUCAGCUGGGAUUGAAGUUGCCCAUGCCCUGUCCUCUUUCUUAUAUGGUCGGCUGAGACUAGGAAUCUUCCAGCCCCACAGAAUCAUUCCUCCCCCUCCACCCUUGGCCUCAUCGUUGCUCAGCCUUCCACUGGAGCAGGCUGAGCUAAUCCCUUUUUCAUUGCCAAUUGCUUAUUCAAAGGGGUGAAGAGACCCUUUCCCUGUUAAACCACUGAACAUGUGUUUUCAGUAAGCCAUCAGCAUUUCCUCGGCAAAUAAUAAGAACCUUUUUAAAGCUAUAAUGCCGAGCCUCUUUGCUGAAGCUGCUGCCAUGCAUAUUAAGAAAGGAGAGGUAGGGCGCUGUGCUAGGGGAGCAGCAGCUUUCAUUUGUGAAAAGCCUGCUCACAGGAAGGAACGAAGGCUGCAAAAACUCUUCCUUUGAACUAACAAAUUUUAAGAGGCUCUUUUUAUAUUCUGUAAAGUGCUGUAAGGCUUCAGGACCAAGGACAGCACUCUAUUCUUAAGACAGCAGAAAAAUGUAAAUAUUAAAUUCUUGGACGACAAAUUUGAUAACCAGGAGGAGGAGGAAGAGUAGAAGCUCCGGCUGGCUGCCGCUGAUGAGGGUGAUGCUAUGCCUAGAAGACAAGACCAAGAGCCAAGACCAAGAGCCCUCCUGUGGUUUCCAGCAACUGGUUUGCAGAAGCUUUCCUUCCUCUGACUAUGGAAGCAGAACAUAGUCAUUAUGGCUAGUAGGCAUCAAUAGCCCUCUCCUCCACAAAUUUGACCAGUUGUCUUUUAAUGACAUCCAGGUUGGUGGCCAUUGCUGCCUCUUGAGGGGACAAGCUCCAAAAUUUAACUAAAAUGUCCUUCCUUUUAUCUGUCCUGAAUCCCAAUACUCAGCUUUGUAGGAUGUCCAUGAGCUCCAGAAGACAGGGAGAAAAACUUUUCUGUAUACACUUUCUUUGUGCCAUGCAUAAUUUUACAAACUAUCAUGCCACCUUUUCAUUCCAUUUUCAUUAAACUAAAAAUUACCAAACGCUGCAAUCUUCCCUCACAGGGGAGUCAUUCCAGCAUCUUGCUGGACUAUUUUGCUUGCCCUUUUCUGAAUGUUUUCCAAGUCCACAGUAUCCUUUUUGAGGUGAGGUGACCAGAACUUCACAUGCUAUAAUAAAUGUGGUUGCACCAUAGAUUUCAAUAAUGGUAUUAUGAUACUGGCACUUUUAUUUUCAGAUCCUUUUCUAAUGACCCCUAGACCAGAGAAGGGGAAGGGACACUAUAGCCCAUCUUCUUCUUGUGGGAUGGAUUUAGUAGGUAGGAGAGGAUAUAUUAAUUACAAUUAUCCUUCCAGUCCCCCAUUAUGUGUGAGAGACUUAGAAUAAUCAGUUCAGCAUUUGCACUUAGAAGCUGAGUAGGGCGGAGCUUUAGAUUACCACCCCUUGGCAGAAAACUAGAAGCUUAGGAAAGGUUGAUACAGCUCAUUAUAUUUAGCAAGCUGACUCCCCCCUCUAUAAUUACCACAAUUUGUGUGUGUGUGUGUGUGUGUGUGUGUGUGAAAAUCAAACCACACUGUGUGUGUGUGUGUGUGAAAAAAUCAAACCAUACUGUGUGUGUGAAAAAAUCAAACCACACUGUAAAGUAAGUUAAAAAUAGACUUUACUUACUUAAAGUAUUGCACACAUUUUCAGCAAACAACAGCAGCAAAAGCAAUGCAGGUAAAAAUACUUCUAGGUUACAAAAUACAUAGCUGACUUCUAAAAUGGAAUCUGCACUCAGUGAGAGCAUAGACAUCUAUCCAUCUCCAUUGAAGACAUGGUGCAGAAGAACAAAGGGAAAGUGUGCAACAGGAAGCAUAAGGGAUUAUAUCUCUCAUUUCUUUCUGCCACUGGAAACAGGGGAAAUGACAUCAUAUAGCCCUCUCUCUCCACCAAUUGCAUUCCUGUUGUCUGAGUCUGCCCACCUAGAAAUUUUCGUUCUGUGGUAAUUAGCCCCUAGACUUACUAAUUACAAGAAAAUGUAUUGUUAGAUUUUGACUGCAAAUCUCCUACACUUCUUGCCUGUUGGAGGGCAGAACCCCAGCUCAGCUGCAGCCCUCCCCAACUUUGAUUGGAAGUGUGCUAAAGUACUGUGAAUAGGGGAAGGUCAGUGAGCAGGUGGCCCAGCGGUGGUGAUGACACGCCAAUCCCAUAAUUAUGCUGUACAGCCUCCAGCUUCUUCCUAUCAAAAGCCUUGUCUUCUUAACUACAGACAUGUUGUGUUAUCCUGAGCAGAACUUGGCUGAUGUCAUGCUCAAGUUCUCUCCUGGUCUCUUAGGUGAGGACUGCUAGUCAUGAGCUGAGCAUAUGCAUUUAGGGCAUUAUGAUCUGCUGCUAAUAGUGUCAGGCUGCACCUGCUUGGGAGGUGGUGUUGCCACAGGAGGUGCUACAGGAGCAUAACUGGCCUCACUGCAUGUGGUCUGGGGGUGUGUGUUGUAAAAAUGGCCCAUGGGGAGGAGCAGACAAACAUCUCAUUGCUGUAGCCGGUAGAGGUUGCCCUGACCUUCCUGGAAAGGCUCUCUGUCCCCUUACAGGCCCAAUGGGCAGUUGAGGAACAGAGGCCAAAAGAGGAAAGUUAAUCAAAGCUAAGCCACAUUUGACCCCAAGGCUAAGACUUGAGCCACUGUAUGAUGCCUGUUGACUCUUUGCACCUGGGUUACUUAAAGGCCACCUUAACUGCAAUGUGCAUUAGAAUUGGUGGAAGAAGCCUGUUGAUGAGCAAUUCUGCAUUAUGUGUAUAAUCUGUUUGUUUGUUUGUUUGUUUGUUUGUUUAAUUUAUAUCUAGCCCUUCUUCCCAAAUUCCCCCAGUAGGUUGGGGGCAGGGGCCCUAGGAUAGUUUGAUUGUUCAGCCUUUCUCAGAGAGUCUGUGGCAGAUGUUGCUUCCAAGCCAUAUGGCAACCAUUACUGGAGCAGGAGCAGGGUCUGAUCAGGUAAAAGAAAGAGAACAGGAAGAGCAGCUGUCAUGUUUGUCCUGCAAUCUUUCUGAAGAAAAGCGAGACAAGUGAGAGCAGCAACUGAGCCAUUUUGGGGGGAAUCUCAUCUGAGCCAGGCCAGGCUCUAAAAUAAUUCAGACUCUCCAUGAGAAAAUUGUUUUGCUUCCAUGUCACCAACCAGCUGGUCUAGUGCAGGCACUAUUUCUUGUUACAGGUAGGUAGCCUUGUUGGUCUGCCAUAGUCAAAACAAAAUUAAAAAAUUCUUUCCAGUAGCACCUUAAGUAAAGGUAAAGGGGACCCCUGACCAUUAGGUCCAGUCGUGACCGACUCUGGGGUUGCCGCGCUCAUCUCGCUUUAUUGGCCGAGGGAGCCGGCAUACAGCUUCCGGGUCAUGUGGCCAGCAUGACUAAGCCACUUCUGGUGAACCAGAGCAGCACACGGAAACACUGUUUAUCUUCCCGCCGGAGUGGUAUCUAUUUAUCUACUUGCACUUUGACGUGCUUUCAGACUGCUAGGUUGGCAGGAGCAGGGGCCGAGCAACGGGAGCUCACCCCGUCGCGGGGAUUCGAAUCGCUGACCUUCUGAUCGGCCGGUCCUAGGCUCUGUGGUUUAGACCACAGCGCCACCCGCGUCCCUCUAGUAGCACCUUAGAGACCAACUAAGUUUGUUAUUGGUAUGAGCUUUCAUGUGCAUGCACACUUCUUCAUAUAUCUUUAGGUAUCUGAAGAAGUGUGCAUGCACACAAAGCUCAUAUCAAUAACAAACUUAGUUGGUCUCUAAGGUGCUACUGGAAGGCACUAUUUCUUGACACUGAACCCCAAUGACAUUGUUCUGAGGUCUCUUCCUGGUGCCAUUUUCUACACCUGAUCUGUAGAAGCACUUUCCUCACUUAAGGAAUGCAGUCAUAACACCAGCAUAGCCAGUGUGUACUGGUGCAGUUCAACUGAGGCUUGGCAGGGUUACUGUGCCUUUAAGUGAAAGUUUCCUUUUUGAGCAGCUGUUUAGUUGCUUCUGGUUCUGUCACCUUCUUGAGUGACAAUAAUUAUGGUGUGUCCAGUCUGUCAGUAUUUUGAGGGAGGGAUUCAAGGGCACACUGUAACUUUUUUGAUUGGCAUGUUUACAGUGGAUUAAAGCACUCUUGUCACCACAGCACAAUAAAUCUACUUUUAAAAAAUGACUUUUUACAGUUUGGAAAGUUAUGGGGAAAUCGUGGGAUGAACAACUCAUUGACAGAAAUAUGUGUAAACCCACCACAAGCAAGCCAGGAUGAAUUUAGGAUGAUUGUUAAUCAUUGCAUACCCAACCUGUAAUGAAAUCAGAAUGAAUAGCCAAUAAAACUGGAUAUAGUCUAACUACUACAUAAGCUUUGUUCAAGCAAAUCAGGAUGAAGGCUGAAUGGAUGAAGGCCAUCUGGUGGAAUCCUUGGUCAGUUCCUGAUCCUUAGGAGCAAGAAAGGAGAAUUAAAUUGCUGGUUUCUUCUUUGAAACAAAAGCAAUUGCAAAUAAAAUAACAGGAAGUUGUUCUAGCUGGAGUGAGGAAACCAGUAAUUAACUGAAAGCCAAAACUGACUAAUUCACUUUCAGCCCAAGAAUCACAUGGCUAGAAAGGAAGAGGAACUAACUAGGUGUUUUAAAGGGAAGGAGCAAGGAGGAAACUGCUUAUCAAAGGGACAGUGAGAAACAGGACCAUAGCAGAAUGGGACUUAAGCCCCACAGAAGCAUAUAAGAUCUUACCCAUAGAGACAGGCAGUGCUGAGUUUGAUGGGGCAAACAGCACUUUAUCUAUGUGUGAGCUUGCAUUUUAAUUCCACUUCCAGCUGAAAGUACUAGCGCAGUACCUCAGCAGCAUUCAAGAGCUGUGUGGGCAGCCACAUCAAAGCCAAACAAAGGCCACUCCAGUCACUAUGUUUCCAGGGGGCUAAUAUCUGAUUUAUUGCACAUAGCAGGGCAUGGGGGACAAUUGUCCAGGGCCAAAAGUUGCUCCAGGUUUUUUUCAACUGCCCCCUUCCAUAAAUGUUAGAGUGGAACAUACAUGGGAGGACAGUUUUGAUUUUUUAUGGGGAGGGGAGCAGAAAAGAAGCUGCCCUUGAACCAAAGCAGCAACAUAUCCUCCCUGUGUGUUUUGACUGGGCUGUAUUUAGUAAUGUGCUUCAGAUUUCUUGAGUGCAUCUGGACAGGCUUGGGCAUCCAGAUGAAUUAAAUGAUGAAACACAUGAAAUAUUCAUUAAACUAUUGGGAUGUUGCCUAUGUCUUUAACUUGUGUCCCAGUGAAGCUUACAAGUUGCAAGGAGGUGGCCUUUGUUCUGGGCUGUGUUGCUUCAUUGCUUCCAUUCUCUCUCUGUGUGUCCUCUACCUGCAGGAAAUAUUCCCAGCAUGUCUUUGAACUGAACUCUCAAAGCUCAUAGCAGGGGAAGGGAAUCCUGAGCUAUAUGCUCUAGGUUGCACUUCCAGAAACCUCCUACCUUGCAAAAUCUAAGGCGAUUCUCUUGCUCUCCAACUGCCCUUGUGGGACAGUCCUGUGCAUCAGCCUCCUGCUCCUCAGGUGACCAAGAAAUUAGCUUUCUGGAAAAGUGCCUUGUGACUGAGCCAAAAACAGCAAUGACACCUCAUCUCUGAUCCUGUAUAGUCUGUGCUAGCCUCAAGGUUCUUGGCAGAAGCACCUGGGUUCUGGUUCCUCCAUACAGAUGUAUUCUUCUGUCACAAGGUAGCAUGUGACAUUUAGCAACUAUGGGGACCUUUUACCCAUCCCAGCACGAGACUGAGAGGAUUAGUUUAGCAACUGCCCACCAGGGAGCACCUAGAAGGAACCCAACCCAACCAGGCAAGGUUUAUCUUCAUUAUUUGCUCUAGAGGGCAGGGAAUCUGAAGCACCAUCAUGGGUCAAUCAAGUUCAGUGGUACCUCAGGUUACACAUGCUUCAGGUUACAUACGCUUCAGGUUACAGACUCCGCUAACCCAGAAAUACUACCUUGGGUUAAGAACUUUGCUUCAGGGUGAGAACAGAAAUUGGGCUCCGGCAGCGUGGCAGCAGCAGGAGGCCCCAUUAGCUAAAGUGGUGCUUCAGGUUAAGAACAGUUUCAGGUUAAGAACAGACCUCUGGAACGAAUUAAGUACUUAACCCGAGGUACCACUGUAAAUGAAUAAAAAUAACUAACUGACCAAUUGCAUUGCAAAUAACUCAGUUCUGCCCCCACCAAGAUAAAGCCUGCCAUCCCUAAAUAAAUAUUGGCUACACCCAUGAGCACCACUUUGGGGCAUGGGAGGUGAGGAGCAGUGGGAUAGAAUAGGACCUUCAGCCAUUUUGUCUUUGGUUCUCCUUCACAGGAAGGUCGAAAGUUUGCACAAGAACAGGAGUGUCAGUAGUUCGUUAGAAAAGGUUUUACUUUUACAAAGGAGAGCAAAAUGUUCAGCCCAGGAACCUGGCAAUUAAGGAGGAUGGUACUCUCCUUCUGGUUGAUUGAAAGGUUGUCAGGGGAAGGGAGUGAAAAUAUUGUAUGUCAAACUAGAAAAUAGGGUGUUUAGAAAGACAGUCAACAGAAUGGAACAAAAAAAGUAAAGUGAUGUGGGAGAGCUGCAUUGCUGUUGAAGAAAGAAGCCAAGAAAAGGUUGAAAAGAGACCCUGAACUUCUCAAACUGUAAUAUUAGGUUUCUCUUUUAAAAGCAUUUUGUCCAAAACUGUCGCCCAGGCACACUGAGUUGCCCCCCCCCAACAUUGCAAGGGCCCAUCGCGUGUAUAUAAUGUUGCAUAUGUGCCUCUCCGCCCCGCAACCCAGCCAGGCUAACUUUGCUUGCCACCUGCCACCUCCUGACCACCAGCCACCUUACCUUCACUGUAUCUCUGGCAGAAGAUGUGCCAGCACGAAGAUGCUUUCAACUGGUGUGUCCUUUGGGGAGCUUGCCAGAGCACUUUUCUAGAAGGCACUCUGGUGAUCCUCAAAGGGACACACCAGGGUGAAGACGCUUCCUGCUGCCACAUGCUUUGAGAAUCACAGUGGAAUUGGGGGGGAGGGAGAGACUAGGGCCCUCCUUGAAAAUAUUGGGGGGUCCUGCCCCCCAUAGCUCCCCAUAGAUGGCACCAAUUUGCUGCCUUAUUCAAACUUUCAAGCAUUUCAGAAGGAGGGAGCUGGUUUGACUGGCUUCCUUCUUGCCUAACCCUAACCUGUCCCCUCUACAGCUCCCUUUUUUGAUGUCACAGGGACAGACUUGCCCCCCCUCUGCUGGCUUACACUGCUAGUGAGCUGCUGCUGCUGCUCAGUGAGUGCUCCCACCUUUCAAGGCUGUCUUUGCAUAGGUUUAUUUUGGAUCAUCUCUCAGUCUGGAUAACGCAGAUUUGGGACCACCAUGUUACCCUACCUGUACACUACGACUAACAUGUGCUUCAGAGGAUCUGCUACCAGUAAAAUCAAUAGUUUAAUAUGUAUGAGAGAUAGGGUCUUCUUGAGAGGAGCCCCACAGUUAUGGAGCCCCUUUCUGAGUUACUUGCCCUUCAGUGCAAAGGACCUUGGAAACUCAUCUCUUCACUGCUUCCUUUCCUUAAGGGGGUUCAUUACUCAUGUGAUCCUGAGCAAGUGAUUGUACAGCCAAUGGAACCUUUUAUCAUUCCUUGAUGUGCAUCACCCUGAAAAGCCACUUAAGGGACCCCUGAGAGUCAUCUAGUCCAACCCUCUGCAAUACAAAUGCUAAUAAUGAUCUCCACCAAAUGCCACCCAUCAGGGUGAAGAGCUGCAGGUCUCAGUUUUAUGCAGGCUGUGGAUAAUGUUAUUUUGUGCCUCUCACAGGAAUACACCAUUGACAUAUUCUUCGCCCAAACGUGGUAUGACCGGCGCCUUCGCUUCAACAGCACCCUCAAAGCUCUCACCCUCAACACCAAUAUGGUGAGCCGGAUUUGGAUCCCAGACACCUUUUUCAGGAACUCUAAGAGGGCUGACUCCCACUGGAUCACCACCCCCAACCAGCUGCUCCGGAUCUGGAAUGAUGGGAAAGUCCUCUAUACGCUCAGGUAAACCCCUGGCUCCCAGGCAAUCAUUCAACAGGGAUGAAAGAGUCAGGGGAGAGAAGGGCAGCAAAAAAUAAGCAAAUUCAGGAACGAUUGGGGGGGGGGGUCACAUCACAAGUGGUUUUGUGGUUGUCUCUCCCUGGCUUUCACCUACAAAGAGACCAUCCAACUGGCCUCUUCGUACAGAAUGGAUCCAGUUCCAUUUGCUUUCAGACUGGAUCACAGAGGGAAGGAGACAUCCAGCCUUAGAAUGAAAUAAAUGGAUCAUGAAAUGGGCCUAGAUGUGGGUUUGGUGGCCUCAGGUGGCUUCUGAAACACCUUUUGAGGGGAUGCUAAAAUGCUACAGAGAGGCUCCAGAAGUAUUGAUGUUCAUACAAGGUUAGUCGUACUUCUGUAGCAGCUGUCCAACCAGUAUUCCCCAUCCCCAUCUCCUCUCCAGGUUGACCAUUGAAGCUGAGUGCCUCCUCCAGCUGCAGAACUUCCCAAUGGAUACCCACUCCUGCCCUCUGGUCUUCUCCAGCUGUGAGUACCGGUUGCAUAGAUGUCAUGACAGGGCUAUGGGACUGAAGGGUAGGGCAAAAAGAUGCUAAACCUGCCCCACAAAAGAGGCUGUGCAUGGAACUAUAACACUCCACGUCAAUCACCAAGCAAAUAUUGUUGUUGCAGAGGUUGCAUGCCACCUCCAAUCUUAGCUGAGCAGUGCACGAGAAUCCAGGGCAUUCCAUGUGCUCAUCCAGGGUUGGGUUUCCAUUGAAAAUCAAGAUACAGUGGAGGCUGUUGUGUCUAAGAAAUGGGGGUCCCAGAAGACCACAAGCUUCAUGAGUCACCAGUGUGAUGCAGCAGCAAAAAAGCCAAUGCUAUUCUAGGCAACAUCAACAGAAGUCUAGUGCCCAGGUCAAGGGACAUGAUAGUACCACUCUGUUCUGCCUAGGUUAGACCACACCUAGACCACAUCCAGUUCUGGGUGCCACAAUUUAAGAAAGAUGUUGACAAGCUAGAAUGUAUGCAGAGGAGGGUGACCAAGAUGAUCAAGGGUCUGGAAACCAAGCCUUAUGAGGAAUGGUUGAGGGAGCUGAGUAUGUUUAGCUUGGAUAAAAGGAGACAGAGAGAAGAUAUGAUAGCCAUCUUCAAAUAUCUAAAGAGCUGCCACCAUGGAAGAUGAAGUAAGGUUGUUUUCUCCUACUCAGGAGGGUAGGACCCAAACCAAUGCAUUCAAGGAGAUUCCAAUCAACCAUCAGGAAGAACUUUCUGACAGCAAGAGCUGUUUGACUGGGGAACGAACUCCCUCGGGAGGUGGUGAACUCUCCUUCCUUGGAGGUUUUUAAGCAGAGGUUAGAUGACCAUCUGUCAUGGAUGCUUUAGUUGAGAUUCCUGCAUUGCAGAGGGUUGGGCUAGAUGACCCUCAAGAUCCCUUCCAACUCUACCAUUCUAUGAUUAGGUUGCCCCUUUUGGCCUGACUCAGCAGGCUCUUCUUAUGUUCUUCCUUCUUCCCCAGAUCCCUGUAAAUUCUGUGUGGGCGCAAUCCUCACAGCAGCCUCCCUCCCUCGCCGUGGCCCAUGGAGUCCUUUUCUUUGUAGAUUGAGGCAAUGACAGCUCUCUCUGUCUGUCUGUCUGUCUCUUUCUCUCUCACAGUGGCCAUCAUGUGCUUCCAAACACAAAAAGCCCCUUUCAGCCCAUAGACUCAGAUUCUGAUUUAGUGGCUCUGAGUAUGGAUGGGAGCCAAAGAGGACGCCAUCAUGCUGCUCCUUCCUUCCUUCCCUCCCUCCCUGCCUUUUAAUGGGACAGUCGCCUUCCAAACCCCCUCCCGCUCCCCGCCUUCAGCCUGUUCAUUUGUUUGCUUUCUGGCUGGUGCUGCUGCUGUUUCCUGGACUGCACCAGCCCUUCAGCCUGCCACCGCCUGUCAUGUCACUGCUACAGAUCCUGUGCACAGCCUCCUCCCUCUCCCUGUUGCCCACCCACGUGGCUCUGAGCAGUCCCUCCCAGCCUGUCCCCAUCUCCUCUGCAUCUUAGCUAAUUAACAGUACAUGCCACGCAUGCCUGGCAAUUAAUUAUAAACAUAGUUUAGCUAUGCUACAAGGUAUCUCCCACCGCCCCGGGAGGAUUUAUCAUAUAUAGGCAUCAAGAUCGCUGCUUUGAAACAGUUUUGACAUUUCAAUUUGCAGAGGAAAACCAGGAUGCUAGAGACAGCUGCAGCUGGCAGCUCGCUGGAGUCCCCAUUUCUGCUUUGCCUGCCUCCUCUGCCACAUCCUCACUUCCUAAACACAGGGAGAAGCAGGGAGUACCGGGGAGGGGGGGAGGGUUUGCACAUGCAGAAACUCUACAGAUGGGGCCCAGUGGUGGCCCUAUGCUAAUCCCACCUCAUAGCUUCUCAUGUGGCCCUGAUGCGUGACUCGAACCUUAUAGAAACUCAUUUCCACUCUGAUGGUGAGACUGCUGGGGGAGGGGAUGUUAUUUAUGCCUAUGGAGGGACUCAGAAAUUGAGACUCUUCCCUGAAUACAUCUGUGCUCCUGCUGUGUGGAAGCUCCAUACCCCCUCAGAUUCAGACCCUUGUUUGUUGUGUGUGUGUGUGUGUGUGUGUGUGUGUGUGUGCAUGGGGCAGGGAGUCACUUGCAAAAGAUGAGCAGUAAGAAAACUGUCUGAAUCAAUCCCCAAAUCAGCCUGCACCCAACAAUUACAAGUGGAACAAUGAUGGAUGCUGUCUAUAAGAACCUGUGCUGUCAAGCCCCCUGAGACCAUCCAGAAUACAACUAGUGGUCUGUUGAGGUUAGAGGGCACACAUGGGUCACACACACUUCCAAAAAUGUGCUAAUUGGCUUGCAAAGUCUUUGCUCUGUCACAGCCAGCAGGGUGUCAGCUUGGACUAGCAAUGGAAAGUUUUGCAUGCCCAUUGUUGAUCAAACAGGGUCCAAAGUCCCAGAGGCUGUCGUGUCCUUUCAUUCCAAGCCAGAAGGUCAGCUAAACACCUGUCUGUGGCCAGUGAUGUUCCAGAAAGGGCAAAAAUGGCUUCAAAGCCAUCUCUCUCUCCCCUUCUCCCUCCCUCCCUCCCUCCCUCCCUCCCUCCCUUCCUCCUUCUCUUCCUUGAGAGAAAGACCACAUCACGCCAACAUUCCUCUUUCUGAGCAGCCCUUGUAUCUGUGUCAGAUUUUUGGUAGUAAACAAGUAUAAAUCCCAGCAGCAUAAGACCUGUUUGGAUCUUACCAGGUGCUGAGAGAAUGGUGGGGAAGGCCUCCUGGUCAGAGGAUAUAGGGGCUCUUUGUAUCUCUUGCUUGCCUGACAAGGGUGAACAGGUCACGAGUCCUUUCAAGCUGAGGAGGGUAGGCUGUCAUUGCUGAGGGGCAGAUUGCAUGUCUUGCCCACAGUCUGUGUCCCAGUUGAGGGGCCUUGGGUAGCAACAUGGCUGGCAGUUAUUAUUCUCCAGCAGUUGGAGACAAAGCUGAGCGAGGCGCCCAAAGCAUUUGCAGCCUGAGGGAAGGGGCUUGUGCCCCAAUCCCUGGGCAGAGGGAGGGCUGUAGUACCUCGGGUUACAAACUUAAUUCGUUCUGGAGGUCUAUUCUUAACCUGAAACUGUUCUUAACCUGAGGUACCACUUUAGCUAAUGGGGCCUCCCACUGCCGCUGCGCGAUUUCUGUUUUCAUCCUGAAGCAAAGUUCUUAACCUGAGGUACUAUUUCUGGGUUAGCGGAGUCUGUAACCUGAAGCAUCUGUAACCUGAAGCAUCUGUAACCCGAGGUACCACUGCAAAUGAAAAAGACAACACUGAUUGAGGAAAGAACUUGAAGUGCUCUGCACAAUGCUGCCCGUUUCAAAUGUGGGGAGCUAACAGCCACUGUGUCCUCCUGCUGCUUUAUCUCCAAGCCCUUUGGGGAUUGGCAGCUUCCAUCCUCCUCAACCACCACCAUUGUUGUUCCUGGGGGGCUUCUAGAGGCUGCUAGUGGCUGGAUAGGAAGCUAAGGAGACAUGAAAAGAUGUUCCCACACUCACACAUGACAGUGCCACACACUUAGCUUGAACCCUGGUCUUCCAGGUCCUAGUCCAAUACCCUAACCAGUACGCCACCACUUAUGCUGCCUCCUCAGAAGCAAAUAAGGGCAUGGGCCAGUUAAGGGCAUGGGCACUCUCCAAAUGCCCCAAUGGGGGCACCCUGAGGAGGAGUCACUGGGACAUUUUUCAAGGGUAUCUGCCCAGGGAGGAAUGGUAAAGAGGAAACCACCACCCAAAGCAGCAGUGGGAGAGGUGUGUGCAUGUAUGCAUACUUGGCUCUGUGGUUCAGCACCUGCUUGGCACGCAGAAGGUCCUGGGUUCAAUCCCUGGCAGCAUCACCAUCAAGAAGCCCCCGGGAUGCCAUGAGCUGCUGAGAGGAGCCUCUCUCUGUGCUUGGUGGACCAAGAGCCUGAUUCAGAAGGUAAGGCACUUCCUUACAUUUGUAUACUUCAUUUCCCUCAUCACGGGUGGGGGAUCCCAGGUGGUCUCCCAUACAAAACAUUGACCAGGCCACUUGCAGGCUGCAUAAGGCAGAAUCUUAGGAUCCCCAUGUUCCAAAUUUCCUCAGUCAAUGUCCGCAAAUUUUAUUUAUCAUAAGUUCAACAGGGAACUUUAUUAUUUUUAAAAAGGCUCACUAAACAUCCUAAGAGAAAAAGAAGAUAAAACAUUACCCAGCCAAGUGAUUUAUUUUUGUUAUCUUAUCAAUAUUUAUCUUAUUUAUUUACCUAUCUCAUAAAACUUAUACACCACGUGAAUUGAAAGAAAAACCUCAAAGUAGUUUACAAAAAGAAUAAAACAAUUAUCUGUUUAAAAACAGUUGAAAACAGCUAAUUAAAUGUUCAGAUAAUAAUUAAAAGAUGUAAUAAGCUAAAAAUAGAUUAAAACGUAUGUAAACAUGUGUAGGCUUGCCUAAAAAACAUUUCCAGCAGGUACUUAAAAGAGUACAGGGAAGGCACCUGCUUGGUGUCAAUAGGCAGGGAGUUCCAAAGUGUGGGUUCUGCCACACUAAAAGAUUGAUUCCUCCCAAAUGCAGAAUGAGUAUUGUGUGGCACCUGUAACAUGGCCAGUUCUGCAGAUCGAAGUGGGUUGAGUUGUAUAAACAUAUAUAAAUAUUAUAUAUUAUUAUAUAAUAAUUUAAGAUGUGGGGGUGAACAGUUCGCUAAGUUACUAUUUAGCAAAUGGAUGCACCCAGUAAAAAUCAUAAAAAAUUGUAACAUAGGUAUAAUGAAAUAUAACAAUAUAAAAUAUUCUGAAAUCAUUAGCAGUCAAAAAGCACAGGGAUCCCAGUGAAAGGACGUCUGAGGGUAACAGCCAUACUUUUGAGAGAGGCAGUCUGAUCACAUUCAGGACCACAAACAGCUUCUGACAAAGGCUGAGUCUUUGAGCUAUUUUUAAUUUGGCAAAAUCUACACUUCCAACAUGGGCUGCCACAUGUUCAGAUUUCCCCAGACAUUUCAGCAAUUUUCACCUGGUGACUGUUUACGAGGGCCGAAUACCGACUGUGUCCGGGAAAUUCCAGACAUAUGGCAACCUUAGAUCUAUAACAAUAACAAUAACAAUAAUUUAUUAGUUAUACCCUGCCCAUCUGUCUGGGCCUACCCAGCCACUCUGGGCGGCUUCCAACAAAAUAUUAAAAUACAGUAAUCCAUCAAACAUUAAAUCUUCCCUAAACAGGGCUGCCUUCAGAUGUGUUUUAAAAGUCUGGUAGUUGUUGUUCUCUUUGACAUCUGGUGGGAGGGUGUUCCACAGGGCGGGUGCUGCUACUGAUUCCCUGGUUCCCUGUAACUGGCCUCUCGCAGUGAGGGAACAGCCAGAAGGCCCUCAGCGCUGGUCCUCAGUGUCUGGGAAGAACGAUGGGGGUAGAGACGCUCCAGGUAUACUGGGCCAAGGCCAUUUAGGGCUUUAAAGGUCAACACCAACACUUUGAAUUGUGCUCAGAAAUGUACUGGGAGCCAAUGUAGGUCUUUCAAGACUGGUGUUAUGUAGUCUCAGUGGCCGCUCCCAGUCACCAGUCUAGCUGCCACAUUCUGGAUUAGUUGUAGUUUCCGGGUCACCUUCAAAGGUAGCCCCACAUUGCAGUAAUCCAAGUGAGAGAUAACCAGAGCAUGCACCACUCUGGCGAGACAGUCUGUGGGCAGGUAGGGUCUCAGCCUGUGUACCAGAUGGAGCUGGUAGACAGCUGCCCUGUUUUGCCCCUUGUUAGGAAGGGAGGUUGCCAGCUUCCACCAGGCAGGUCAUGGCCUCCUGACCCCCUCUGUUGCCCUGAAAAUAAUGUGAAGCAAAAAAGGAAACUAUCUCAGUAUUGUCUACACUGACUGGUAGCAAAGGUACUCCAGGGUUUCAAGAAGGGAGUUCUUUGCAACCCUACCUGGAGAUACUGCUGUGGAUUGAACCUGGGGCCUUCUGCAUGAAAGGCAGAUGCUCUACCACUGAGCUAUAUGGAAACUUCCCUGGUGAGGAGAUGCAAUCAGGAACCUUCCACAGAUGGGCAGGGUGGUUAAAGUGGUUAAAGAGAGUCCUUGCACAUCUUCCUUGGCUACCAGUUCUUCUGAGCCAGCCCAGUGGCUGUAAAGCCCCUUUGAUCAAAUUAACAGGAGGGAGGAGCUGUGAGGUGGCUUGCAAGAGAAUCCACUUUGCAUGGGCCUUGACCUUCCUGCCUGUGUCUGCUCUGCUCCUUCCAGAUGGCUACCCACGAGAGGAGAUCAUCUACCGCUGGAGAAGGUACUCUAUUGAAGUCUCUGACCAGCGAACUUGGAGGCUCUACCAGUUUGACUUCACAGGUCUGAGGAACACAUCUGAGGUGCUCAGGACAGGUGCUGGUAAGACAUUUGUCCCACAGGAGUUGGGCACAUUGUAGGUGGUGGUUUUUUCACAUGAAAAACAAGUGAAUAGUUUGGAGACUGGAGGGCUGGGAGGGCAGGAGGAGGCGGGAGUGGAGGGUGCAGAGGCAGCCUCUCUCUGGGCCCCCCCCCCCCCAGUUCUUGCUGAGAGCCCACAGAAGCUGUAUCUGCUUCCUUUUCUUUCCCCCGCUCCCAAAAGCAGGUACCAGGCUGUCCUUAGGGAACCACAACACCUUCCUUCAGAGCUUCCCCUCCACUUUGGCACAGGACCUCUUUGGGCUCUCUGGAGUUCCCUGGAAGCCCCCUUGCAGUUCCUGAGCCCCACAUACUGAGCACAUUCAAAACUCCUACAAGCAACAUUGGAAAAGGAAAUAUUUAUGCUAAAAUCAUGCAUUGAUUAAUCCAUACUCUUAAUCCAUUUAUGAUUGGCAGACUGCAAAUGAGGAUUUUUUAUUGCUUGGAAAAAGAAGGUUUUAAUUGGAGCCAUUCUCUCUGAUAGGCCUAAAAGGCAAGUGUUCCUUCUUCCAGGAAGGUGGCUGCCUUAAUCAUGCAUUUUCCCAGCUAGUUGAAUUUGGUUGCUGGAGGCUGACCUCUGUGACUGAAAAUGUUCAGAAUGUCUCCUGCAUUGUCCAAUAUGUUGUAAUAUUUGGCUAAAAGAAAGCAAGGAAACAAUUUUUCUCCAAGGGGCAAUUAUCCACCUGACCUUCCUUUCACAAAGCAAUCAAGUACCCCUCCUCAUAUAUGCACAAAUACAGCACAUUGUAAGCACGCAUAGAUCAUCACACAGACCAGACUGUAGGGGGGCAGGACUGAACUCUGGUCUUCCUCCUGGUCUCUUAUUCUGGACCCUCGUGUCGGCCACACCCAGAGUUCUCACAGACAUGUUUCCUACAAAGUGGUGAGCAAAAGGAUUUAGGAGCCAAGGAGGGAAAUGGAGCAGGUGCAGCUCCAGUGGUGAAGGUAGUUCCAGACAUUGUUGAGCAUUGCUGCAGAAGCACAGCCUCCCCCUUGGGAAGGGCCUAUGUCUGGCAGAACACCUGCUUGGCAUGCAGAAGAUCCCAGUUUCAAUCUCAUGCUUGGCAUCUCCAGGUAGUGUUAAGAAACAUUCGCUGCCUGAAACCCUGAGGAGCCAUUGCUGCCAGUCAGCAUAGACCUGUCAUGGGCAAACUUGGCCCUCCAGAUGGUUUGGGACUACAACUCCCAUCAUCCCUAACUAACAGGACCAGUGGUCAGGGAUGAUGGGAAUUGUAGUACCAAAACAUCUCGAGGGCCGAGUUUGCCCAUGCCUGGCAAAGACAAUACUAAGCUGGAUGGACCAACGGUCAGAUUAGGUAUUGGGUCAUUUCCUGUGUUACCUCAACUGAAAAUACAAGUAUCAGACCAUGUGUGGUACCUUUAGAUGGCCUCUCAAGCUAGAAGCUGUGACUUCUGCAGCAGCCCAGCAUAAAAUAAAGGCAUGCAGAGGUGGCAAUGUGAUUUGCGGAAUGGCCUGUUCUUCUGACCUGCCCGCCUCUCUGUGGCCUUCUCUAGGGGAGUACAUAGUCAUGACCGUCUCCUUUGACCUGAGCAGGCGGAUGGGGUACUUUGCCAUCCAGACCUACAUCCCCUGCAUCCUGACGGUGGUCCUUUCCUGGGUCUCCUUCUGGAUCAAGAGAGACUCUACACCAGCCAGAACAUCUCUGGGUAAGGAAGGCAUUGCCCUCAGCUCUGGUUAACCCCUGCAGCACCCAAGAGGUGGAGCUAAGUACAGUGGUUAUUCCAUCUCAGUUGGAUGACUAAACCAGGCAGCAUGGCGUGAUGGAGCAAGAAGGCUAGUUCGCUCAAAACUGAGAGGGAAGAGAUGAAGCAAGCUGGAGGGAAGCUGAGGGAAUUAGAGUGACUCUUGUGAGGAGGGGAAGACCCUUGCAGGGGAGGGCUGUGGCCCAAAGGCAAAUAGGUCCAACACCACUGGUGUUGUUGGCAGUCAUCUGUCUCAAGACACAAUGGAAUAUAUCAUUAGGGGUGAAACUGCUGUGUUAGCAGCACCUCUCCAAUGGUCCAAAGGAAAGCAGAGCUAUAUGUUUGGCACCAACUCAGCUGCAGGAGUUGCCUAAAGGAAGCAUACAAGGCACUAUCCAACUGCCUUAGGGACUCCUGGUUUGUGUAGGUUUUACUCCUUAGCCUUUUCGUCUCCCAAAUAUGACCCACAAGGCAGGGGGUAUGGAUUGUUCAUCAGGGUUUACUCUUGAAGCCUUUCUGAUGAAUGAGCAAAGCUGCAAGGCAGUGGAGGUAUAGAAUCAAAGUUUACCUUUUCUUAGAUGGGCUACCUUCCCAGGUUGAUGAGCCUAAUCUGCUCCUCACUUCCCUCUACAGCAUGUGCAGAAACUGCCUUCUUGACCGUUGGACUGACUAUUGGUCUCAUCCGCUCAAUCCAACAUAGACUGGAUGCAGUGAGAAGUCCCUAACUCACUAAGGGUUUGAGACCCAUUGGCUACCAUCACCUGGUUUAGCCAGUCAGUUGAAACCAUUUCCCACGGUGUCCCCAUUGUCACAUUCUGACAGCUUCUAGGAGCCACAGUUGAGAGCUGAGUGCAGGGUGGGAACCAAAGGUAGACAAACAUCCCCAGAAGGAGCAAAACCAGAAGUACUACCCCUCCCCUAAAGCCCCACACAUUCCAUAAACUCAGGUGUAAAUAUGUGUAAUUAAACCAUAUUUUUUAAAGACACUUGAACCUCCACUGUGUCUUGAUUCUCAACAGAAACACAUCUCUGGGUGAGCAUCUGGAACCCCCUGGGAUCUCAUGCACUGCUUGGCAGAAUUGGGGUUGUGUGCAACCUUUGCAACAAUAAGCACCGCAGUACUUGGUGAUUGCGGGUGAUGUUCCAGUUCCAUGCACAGCCUCUUUUGUGGGGCAGGUUUAGGGUACAUGGGGAUCUUUUUGGCCCAGCCCCAGGUCCUGUCAUGGCAUCUGUGCAACUGGUACUCACAGCUGGAGAAGACCAGAGGACAAGUUCUGGAGCUGGAGGUGUGGGCUCUUUGAACAAACGCAGAGCUCAUGGCUCCAGGCAGGCUAUUUUUCCUACCAGAGAGUUGGUUCUUCCCCUGUCUCUGCACCCCUGUCUCUCUGCACUUCCUCCUGCCCUGCAACAUGCCAAAUUAUUGUCCUCUGCAUGAUAGGAUCUCUGGACCACCCCCUCUUUGCCCACGGGGGGGGGGGGAUGCCAAGUUUCUUGUUUCUUGGGAGGAACAAACCCAUCUCCAUCAGCAAUUUCAACCACGGCCUAAAGCAACUCCUUGUCUCAAUCUCAUUAGAAUUCUCUGCAUCCUGAAUCUUGUUUGGCUUUUAAGACAAUUAAGGAUGCUUUUCAAACAUGGUAUUUUAAUGGCAAAUAUUUUGGGUGGGUGGCUGGGGGUGGGGGUCUAAAUGAAACAUCAUCUAAAAUGGGUGUGGAUGGGGGGGAGGAGAAUUAGGAAGAAUAUAUAUUUGAUUUUAUUAGUAGCAGCAUUGAAAAACCAAUCCACGUGGAUUUCAUACACCUCCACAGCAACUGUGCUGAUGCCUUCCAGCCCCAUCCCUGAAGCCUGUGAAGCCAAGCCCCAAUGUCCAUGGUCUCCCAUGGCUCACUCACUCCACUUGGUGGCCAUAGGCAUGUUAGAUAUAGUGCCAGAGGAAGAUCUGAUCUGACCCUUGUGUAGAAAUAAAUUUUCUUCUGCUCAAGAAAUAAACUUUUAAAGCUUUACUUGCAGAGCAUGGUUUUAAAUAUUACAAAGUAACAAAAAGAUACAUUGCAAAAAGAACCAAGCACAGAGUUUCAUUCUUACAAACCUUGCUCACGCUAAUCCUAGGGCAAAGUUUUAAAUGUCUUUACUAAAAUGUAGCUUUCUGCUAAAGUCAGCAUACUGUGUUUUUGUUUUUGUCCUUCUCCUGCUUGCUGGCAACAGCCUACCUGCAUCUUUGUGUUGCAAACAGUCUCAUUUACAUAUAUACAGGUGGCAACCAUUUUGUGUGUGGGGGGGUGUUCUGUUCCUGGCCCCCACGCACAUUGGUGGAGUGCUUAUAAGCAUUACACCCUGUUCCUCCUCCAUUCUGCCCUCUUCCAGGUCCAAAAGGACCUGCACAUUGGCAAUUGCACGUCAGUUGAAUGUGCCUAAAAUGGCCACCACUUGUACACAUACAUGAAAGCACUCAAAUUACAGCUUGUCUGUUGAGUAGCAAAUCUAAUACAGUGAAACUUCGUGUUACGUACCAUCCUCCUUACAAAUGCUUCGAGUAACGAGUUCCGCUAACCCGGGAGUAGAUGUCCCUUGUUGCAAACUUUGCCCUGGGAUGCGAGCGGAAGUCGCGCGCCGGGGUGCGGCAGCAGUGGGAGGCCCUAUUAGUGAAAGCGGACCUCAGGUUAAGAACAGUUUCGGGUUAAGAAUGGACCUCCGGAACGAAUUAAGUUCGUAACUGGACGUACCACUGUAUUCCUGAUCUAGUCACAAGGCUUAGUCACUAGGUAGCCUACCACACCAAGUGGAAAAAUUACUAGCUAUAUGCGUAGAGCUUCUUUUACAACAACUUGAAUACAAUGCAAUUAAAUACAUUUUAUAUACAAUUAAACUUGUACCUUCAACAAGGCGUCCAGCAGUUUCACCCAGGUGUUCUCCUAUUUCCAGGAAUCACCACCGUGCUCACCAUGACUACCCUGAGCACCAUCUCCCGCAAGCACCUGCCCCGGGUCUCAUACAUCACUGCCAUGGACCUCUUUGUCUCAGUGUGCUUCAUCUUCGUCUUUGCAGCCCUCAUGGAGUAUGCCACCCUCAAUUACCUGGCAGGAAACAAGAAGCCAACACAGCAUAGCAGCAGGAAACCCAGACUGGUGAGCGGGAUGGCGGGGCGGGGGGGACACUGCCUGGCAGAGCUUGGUGCCUCACCCUCCAAAGGAUCCAGGUAAAGGAAGGAGCCAUCAGAGGGAGGAAAGUGAUGAGGGACCAAUCCAGGCUGGCAUUUUGCUGUAGCCGGUAUGUUUUCUGCAACAUGCUCUUGAUGCAAUAAAUAGCACAUUAGUGGUAGAUUUAUUCUGCCUUAUCAGUAGCUCUGUGGUAUUACCCUGAUGCUACCACAUUAUUGCUGUCCAGAGGGAAAAGCCAGAGAAAAAUAAACCAGAGCGUUUUGCAGUAUAACAAAGUUAUGAGGUUUCAAGCAGCAAAUUACGGGAGAUGUGAUGACUGGAAGUGAAGCAUUGUGACUGCCCUGAAGCUUUUUGCAGCUGCAAAUAGUAUUCUUUUGUGCUCUUGAUGGUUUUGGAGUGUGCAACCACCCCAAAAGCGUCAACAGCGCAAAGUUCAUCAGGAAUUUGCAUUAAAAAGGAUGUGGGGCGAGGUGGGGGGCUCCUCACUCCAGAUGAUCCUUUGGGGGCCCCAAAUCUUGUCCCAGAAGGCAGUUGGGCUAAUUGGUUAGGGAGGGGGUCAAGCUGGUCUAUUCCCCCCUGAAAGUUGUGCCAGAGGGAUGGAGAAAAGGACACCCCUGAGCUGUGCCUGCUACCACCUUCCAAGCCAGCACUUGAUUGCCACUUCCACAAGGUUAGGGGGGGAGCCCCUGUGCCCCUUCUCUGCUUCUCUCAUUUGCUCCUCGUCCUUCUCCAGGCAGCCAGCCAUGCCCACCUGAUGAUGCCCUCCUACACUGCCAUCAACAUCAACAGCCUGGUGCACUGGCCCCCUGAAGUCGAGGGCAACAGUGAAGAGGUGGAGAGCGAAGAUUUGGAGCCCUCCUGCUUGGAAGGGAAGGAGUGCCAGCGGUUCUUCUGCUGCAUUGAGGACUGUCAGACGGGCACCUGGCGAGAGGGCAGAAUCCGCAUCCACAUUUCCCGCCUGGACUCCUACUCCCGGGUUUUCUUCCCCACAGCCUUCCUGCUGUUCAACAUUGUGUACUGGAUUGCUUAUCUCUAUCUCUGAGUUUCCUCCAGUAAAGGUCUGCACAAAAGGAGGACUUUGAAGUUUGCCUCUCCUUUCCUCCUCACUUGCCAAAGCUGGGAUUGCAGGGUGCAGCUACCAGCCCCCUCCAGUCUAAAGAGUUGCUGCCCCUGGAGACUGUGAGGCUUCCCUCUUGACCCAUGUUGGCUAGGACAUAUAGUGGUUUGGGGUUGCUGCCGUAGCCAGGGAGGCUUUCUAUGAUCAAGUAUGUAGGCUUGACACAUUUAAAAUGCUUUUGUCUGUAAUAUUCAGUUGAGAAAAAGCCAUUGCUGUCCCCUCACUCACCCUACUGCAUAUCCUCCGAAUUCCAUCACCACUCCCACCCUUGUAGUUUAUUACAAUGUCUGUUCUCUGUCUCCAUGGCCAGAGACCAAACAGCUCUAAAUUCCAGUUGCUGAAAAUCACAAAGGGGAGAGGGCUCUUGUGCUCAGGUCCUGCUCCUUCCCUUUUGGGGCAUCUGGCUGGCUACUGUGAGAACAGGAUACUACACAAAGAUGGGCCAUUGGCCUGAUUCCGCAGGGCUCAUCUUAUGUGUGGGAUGUUUAAAAGGCUGUCAAAUCAACAAUUCAUGUUUUGCUAGAUAGGCACAUAAUAGGAGCUGAAGCUCACAGAGUUUUCCUGUAAACUUGCUAGAGAACUUUGCGAGAGAUGCUCCCACUGUGCCCUGACAGGGGGGAGGGUGUAGAUGUAUAUAUUCUCCUGCCUGCCUUGGCAGACUCUCCUUAUUCUUUUUCAUCUCUUUCUGCUGUGCCAGCAAUGUGAGAACAUCUGCCAAGUCUGAGCUCCAGCUCAGACGCCAUUUUAAGCUAGACUUAAGUAUGUCUUUGUAACUGAAUUACCAUUUUAAGCCUGCCUGAACAAAGCUGCUGUAUCUGUUACUCUUCAAAAAGUAUUCUGAGUGAGUAAAUGUUAUUUUUACCUUUUACAA